AUGGAUCUUCCUUCUGGCUCUUCCGACUUUGCGUCGCCUGAGGGUAGCAAGAGGAGAAAACGCUCCAAACAGCCUCUGAUAGAGAACAUCAUCGACAUAGAAUCUACCACCUUCACUGGACAAAUAACACCUUCAUUCGAUGUCGUCAAGAACCGCGUAUCAAUAGCCUGUAAAUCGUGUCGAUCUAGAAAAGUCAAAUGUCUACCUACCUGGUCUGCCUCUGAUCCUUUGGAACCUCCUGGACCUUGCAAACAAUGUAUAAAAGCUGGAAAUGGGAAUGGAGAAGGAUGUUUCUACCCACCUUCUAAGGAUAGGGCAGCGUUCUCGAGACAGUAUGUUUCAGGCUUGGAAGCUAGGAUGGAGGCUUUGGAGUCCAUGGUGAAGAGGAUGUUACCGGUCUUUGAGGCUGUGGAGAAGGACAGAAAAAUUGCGAAUCCGUCCCCUGAAGAGACAUAUGUGAGGCAGGUGGACGAGAUGGCCGAGGUCAGUGAUCGAGGUGAUCAGUUUGCCUUGGUCAACUCGACCCUUUCAGGCUCGCGGCCAAUGCAAAGCCAGAUACAUCCUAGCGAUCCCUCAUCCUCAUCCACUACCGUGUCUACUCAUCCGCGUCCCCUCCCUGCCAACCGUGACCGUGACCGCCCGUCAACUGCUGGCUCGUUGAAAUACGGCCGAUACACCUAUGACGACAACGGCAAACCACGAUGGAUAGGCGGAUACAACACCUUUUCCAUCCUCGACACCUACAUUCACUCGACACCUACAGCCCAUAUGCUCUCAUCCUCCUCAUCUUCCUCGGCUUCGCGUCGAUUCUCCCCAACUCCCAGCUUCCCAACCGAUCAAUGGCGCCUACACGCUUCUGCUGCUUCGCCAGAAUCUGGUGGAGUAUUGAGGCGUAUGUGGCCGUCUCUGGACCAGCUGGUUUUCCCAUCGGAAGAACACGAGAGAGCGAUGAUAGACGCAUAUUAUACCCAAGUUCAUCCUAUUCUACCUGCGGUCCCGGAACAUCGUCUGAGAGAGUUAUAUGAGGCAUUAGUCAUAAGGAGGAAACAACACGACUUUGCAUCUGCAGAAGCUUUCUGGGCGUUGAUAUUCGCAAUAUUUGCCUUGGGGGAGAGGGCUUUGGUGAAUACGGGUGUAUGGGAGCAGGCUAGGCAUGAUCCAUCUGGAAAACACGCCGUGAAGCCUGACGCAGGAUUAGUGUGGUACGAAAUAGCGGAAACACUGCACUAUCUCAGCUGUCGAGAUGUUGACCACUUUCAGGUUCAAUGUUUGACUCUGCUGGCAGCGUAUCAGGCUAGCGUCAAUCAAAUGCCUCGUGCUUGGCUCCUGGCAGGUCAAGCCAUGCGGUUCGCUUUGGAUAUGGGAUUGCAUACACGUUACCAUCGGAAAGAAGCUACAGCUCACAACAGGCAAGCGGGAAGCAGUCUAUGGUGGACUAUAUACGGGUUGGAAAGACUACUGUCGUUAUGUCUGGGCCGACCUCCAGGGGUAGAAGACAUCGAUAUUGAUGCUCGAUACCCGGCUUGCCUGAGCGAUCUUCAAAUGAGAGAGUUGCAGCAAGACUCGGCUGCGGAUCUCGAUGCGAUGGGGGAUGAACCAGACAACUGUACGAUGUCUGGGUUCGUGGCUUUGACCAAGCUUUGCAAAAUUGCAGGUCAGGUUGCGCAUCUGUUGUUGAGGAAAAAGCUACCCGAUUCAAGUGAGGACGAUUCGGUUGAGAAGGCCGUGAAAACGCUCGAUAAAUCCCUCGAAGACUGGUUCUCGCAUGAUCUGCCCGCCAAGUAUAAGGACGCUUCCCCAUCCAAAGCUGUUCAACAGAUGUCAGCAGUAUUGUCAAACACCUUCUUCACUAUCCAGAUCACCCUGCACCGUCACUUCAUCUUCUCGGCAAACACCUCGUCCCCGGAUCUAAACACCGACGCAUUGUCCAAAUGUGUGGACACUGCGCUCUCAAUGAUCCGAGUUGUAGCCAAUCGAGGAGUACUGAUCCCACCUUCUCACCAUCUGUCCAUCAUGUGCCAGUAUCUCUGGUCAUCGGGUAUCAUCCUCCUUAUCUGCAAGAAACGUCUAAUCUCUCCCUAUAAUCUGCCACCCGGACACAUCGCCAACGACAUCAAUGCCUGUCGUCGAAGUUUGGCUGAACUCGAUCAAGUCUGGCCAGGCACACGACGCCUACGUCAGCUGCUGGACGAGGUCGAUGCUGUCUCCGAACCCAGCUCAACGGUAUCGCUGGGCGAAACGAACCUGGAACCGGAUCCCGCUGUCAUCAGGAGAGUACUGCCUGAUGAAGGGCUGCACGCACGGGGUGGACCUCUACUCAAAGCAGCGAUAGCGAGGAGGGAGAGGGGCGAUUACGUGGGUGCAAACGCUCAAGCCAUCUCUUGGACUAGCCCUACCAGUCCGAUAGUCUCGCCUCCUGCUUCUCAAGCAAACGAAUUCCACAUCUCACCAACCAGUCAAACACGUGCACCUUCCAAUCCCCCUCCUCGACUUGACGCUUCUUCCUCGACCGUCACAGCGGUGGAAUUGCCGAUCCACACUCAGGACUUCAGUCAAUGUCUCGAUUCUGCCUCUUUCGAUUUCACGGACAACACGACAAACACUAUAGGGAUAAGCAACACCUUCGAUGCCGGCAAUUUACUUCAAGCCUUUUUCAAUGGCACAGGCAUUGACGUCGACUCUUUCUGGUCAGGCUUGAAUGAUGUUCAACAGCCAUCGGGAGGAACUGCCGUGGCAAGUGAAGCUGGCAACGGUGGUGGUAUGUUUGGAAGUAACGGAGGCACUAGUGGAGGAGGAGGUGAUGCAUAUGGAUAUGGAAAUCCAGCGACUGGUGCAAGCAAUGAUGUGUGGAUAACUCAAGCUGGAGGCGGUUUGUACGGUGGUGGGGAAGGUGGUGGUGGUGCGAGUGUAAUGGCACCCAAUCAGUGGAGCGGUGGAGGGAACAGCUCUGGGACUGCGACCGUACUGUUUAGCGAAUUUGAUUUCAUGGGCAGUACUGGUGGACAGAGGAGUUGA